UCCCAUUUGGCGUACUAUGACUUUAAAUGCCAAACGAGUCGCAGGAAGACCGGUUGGGACUUUGUUCGAUCUUGGUUCCUCCAUCAGACCUCGAAACGACAAACGUCCAGGAGCACGAAUGGCGACAUUUUUGCGUGGGAAGCGUCUGUUCAGCCUGAGGAGAACUUCCGCCGCCGCGAUGCAGUCGUACUGUUGCUCUUCACGGACGAGCGGCAAGCAACGUGUGAAUGGAGUCGAUCUUUACUAUGAGAGGAACGGCGCUGGCGAACACGCCGUGCUGCUGCUUCCUGGUGCUUUAGGAAGUACAAAGACGGAUUUCCAACCUCAGCUCAAGGCCUUGAAUGCGGAUCUUUUCACAGUCGUGGGCUGGGAUCCGCGCGGUUAUGGCCAAUCGCGACCUCCGCACAGAGACUUUCCCCUUGACUUCUUCGAAAGGGAUGCGAGGGAUGCGGUGGAUCUUAUGCGGACCUUGGGCUUUGUCAAGUUCUCUCUCCUGGGCUGGAGCGACGGCGGGAUCACAGCCCUGAUUGCUGCCGCCAGGAAGCCCGAGUUCAUCAACAAGUUGGUGGUGUGGGGAGCCAACGCGUUUGUAUCGCCGCGAGACCUUGACAUUUACAACGCGGUGCGCGACGUGUCCAAAUGGAGCGCGAGGAUGAGGGCGCCGAUGGAGGCGGUGUACGGAGCGCGGCUCUUCGCUCAAACGUGGGAAGCCUGGAUGGAUGGCAUCGCCCAGUUCGUCCACAGACCCCAAGGAAGCAUCUGCAUUGACCUCCUGCCUCAGAUCCGCUGUCCUACUCUGAUCAUUCACGGCGAGCAAGAUCCGAUGGUGCCCAGCUGUCACCCUCACUUCCUCCACAAACAUAUCGCGGGCUCGCGAUUACAUCUGAUGCCGGAAGGAAAACACAAUCUCCAUCUGAGGUUUCCCGAAGAAUUCAACAGAGUGGUGGAGGACUUUCUGGGAGCGGAAGUAAAGGAACACUGAUCGACUCCCAACGUGUAGACGGCACACAAAUUACAUCUUGAUGAAAAUGGAAAACAAAAAAAAAAUGGGAUUUGUGAUUUCUG